CCACAGCCACCAGAUACUACUGCCAUAACAAUACCAAAAAUUUAAAAAUAUAUAUUUUUAUGAAUUAUGGAUUACCCAAAAACACUUAUAAAUAAAUUCCACCAUUCUCACUAAACACAUUCUUUCUCACCACAUUCCAUGAUGGUUGCUUCUCUCUUCUACCUUUCUCUUUCUCUUUCCCUCAUCCUAACCCUCUCCUCCGCCGCGCACCACAAACCCCCCCACUCACCGUCCAAGCCACCGGCUAACCCCGCCGUGACCGCCGCCUCCCCGGCAAUCGAACAAGCCUGCGCCGCGACGCUCUUCCCGCAGCAAUGCGAAGCCUCUCUCUCCCAAUCCCAGAACCUCCCUCCGAACCCGACCCCUCUCCAGCUCCUCCAGUCCGCCAUCGCCCUCUCCUCCGAUAACCUCGCCACCGCGCAGACCAUGGCUAAGUCCCUCCUCGACGCCUCCGCCGACAGCCGCAACCGCACCGUCGCCGCCGCCACCUGCAUCGAGAUAUUAGCCAAUUCCCAUCACCGCAUUUCCCUUGCCUCCGACGCGCUCCCACGCGGCAGGACCAAGGACGCGCGUGCGUGGCUGGGCGCCGCACUCGCCUACCAGUACGACUGCUGGAACAGCCUAAAAUACGCCAACGACACCCAAAUGGUCGGCAAAACGAUGUCGUUCAUCGAUAACCUCGAAAUUCUCUCCAGCAACGCCCUCAGCAUGGCCUUUUCCUUCGAUGCCUUCGGAAACGACAUCGCUUCGUGGAAGCCCCCCGCGACGGAGCGCGUCGGAUUCUGGGGGACUGUGGGGUCGGGUGGGCCCGGGCCCGCGGGAGGGGUUCCGUUGAAUUUGACGCCCGACGUUACGGUGUGUAAGAAUGGAGGGGAUGGCUGUUAUAAGACGGUGCAAGAGGCCGUUAACGCCGCGCCGGAUAACGGCAACCGAACGAAGAGGUUUGUGAUACACAUUAAAGAAGGGGUUUAUCAGGAGACCGUUAGGGUUCCGUUAGCGAAGAGGAAUGUGGUGUUCUUGGGGGACGGCAUCGGCAAGACGGUCAUCACCGGCGACGCCAACGUCGGGCAACAAGGGAUGACAACUUACAACUCUGCCACCGUCGCGGUUCUUGGCGAUGGAUUCAUGGCAAAGGAUCUGACGAUCGAAAACACAGCAGGUCCUGACGCUCACCAAGCAGUGGCAUUCAGAUUAGACAGUGAUCUUUCUGUGAUUGAGAAUUGCGAAUUCUUAGGCAAUCAAGACACUCUCUAUGCUCACUCACUGCGCCAAUUCUACAAGUCAUGCAGAAUUGAGGGCAACGUGGACUUCAUCUUUGGAAACGCUGCAGCAAUUUUCCAAGACUGCCAAAUCCUAGUUCGUCCCAGGCAAGUGAAGCCAGAGAAGGGUGAGAACAAUGCUAUCACAGCACAUGGCAGAACAGACCCUGCACAACCCACAGGCUUUGUUUUCCAGAACUGCUUGAUUAAUGGCACUGAGGAAUAUAUGACAUUGUACCACAGCAAGCCUCAGGUGCAUAAGAACUAUUUGGGUAGGCCUUGGAAGGAGUAUUCUAGAACAGUUUUCAUUAAUUCGUUCUUGGAGGUCCUUGUGACACCCCAGGGUUGGAUGCCAUGGAGUGGUGACUUUGCUCUCAAGACACUUUACUAUGGGGAGUUUGAGAGCAAGGGUCCUGGCUCUUAUUUGUCUCAGAGGGUGCCCUGGAGUAGCAAGAUCCCUGCUGAACACGUGUUAACGUAUUCAGUGCAGAAUUUCAUUCAAGGAAAUGAUUGGAUUCCAUCUAUUGGUAGCCCAUCGUCGUAAAUUAUGAGGCAUCAGUAGAUGGGGAGUUUUAUUUAGGGUACCCCCUUGUAAAUUACCAAUAACUAAUGCAAUACCAAUAUAUCAAUCCAGAUUAGGAAGAAAUUUCAAAUCAAUUUGAGUCGUGCUGGUAAAUACCAAGGGUUGAUCACACUUCACUUUAUUGGGGUGACACUUGUUUGGAUAAUUUACAACGUUUAUUUCAAGAUUAUAAUAUCUUAUUUUUCCGUUCU